UUUCGUCCCUCACUGCCACUGGCACUUGACCGCCACCGUACGGCGUGGGCUGCGUCUGUACUAACUUACCUAGCUCGGUCCAAUACAGGAAUAAACGAAACACCUCCGCACAAAUCGCAGGCCGAGCAAGCCCGGAGUUUGGUGUCAGGACCGCCUGUUUCGUAUCAACAUCGUUGCGGCAGCUACCUGCUGCACUGGAAUCCCCUGAGAACACCCUUCGAGCCUGCAACAUCCCAGCGUUAACGAGCAUGAGUGCGAACAAGCUGAACAUUGAGGGCAUCAUGCUCUUUGAACAGCCUUUUGCUAGGGUCCCAUACGAGAAUUACCGCAAAGUCUUCCGCGCUUCGCAGAAGAACAUCGAGAAGGAACUUACCGCCGUACAGACGGCUGCGAACGACAUCGCCAAGCGCGCGAAGUCAGGCAGUAGCAGCUCGGAAGAUGCUGUGAACGCUCUGGACAGUAUGAUCACUCGGGUAGAGACCCUCAAGCGGAAGCUUGCAGACUUGCAGAGCUCUUCAGGGGCCUCCACGAUCGGUGUCAUGCGCGAACGAUUCAAGCAUCUCUCAAGCGUGGAGGGUAUGCAAGCGUCCAGCGACCCGGAAUUCGCGCGUUGGGCAGACACACGUCUCGACCGAUGGCUGGUUGACUGGUCCCUGCGAAAUGGAAAGGAGAAGACUGCUAAGAUGAUAGCGGAUGAGCGACGUAUUGAGCGCCUAGUGGACAUUGAGCUGUUCUCUGAUAUUCGGCGUAUCGAAGAUGCCCUCAAACAAAGAAGCUGUACAGAGGCCCUGACAUGGUGCAGUGAGAACAAGUCUGCCCUUCGUAAAGUCAAGAAUACGCUUGAAUUUGACCUUCGGCUCCAAGAGUACAUUGAAUUGGCCAGAGUGGGAAAGAAUCUCGAGGCUAUCGCGUACUCGAAGAAACACCUACUGCCUUGGCAAGAAAGCCAUCUGCCGCAGAUUCGUCAGGCGUCUGCGCUUCUGUGUUUCCCACCGUCGACCACAUGUAGUCCGUACAAACGGUUGUAUGACCUGUCACGCUGGAACACCCUCAUACAGUCCUUCCGCCUGGCCAUCUACAACCUCAGCACACUGUCCAGCGAACCAUUGCUGCACCUUGCAAUGUACGCCGGACUGGCAUCGCUCAAACUUCCCGCAUGCUACGACCCACAGACGAAGAACGUCGACUGUCCCGUUUGCGACCCCAGCCUCGGCAAGCUUGCGGAAGAGGUGCCCUUUAGCCACCACGUGAACUCGACUAUUGUCUGUCGAAUCACGGGCAAGAUCAUGAAUGAGGACAACAUGCCGAUGGCGUUCCCCAAUAGUGGCCAAGUGUACUCAAGAGAGGCAUUGGAGGAUAUGGCCGCAAGGAACGACGGUAUUGUAAAGGACCCCAAGACGGGGGAGACUUGCGAGUUUUCGGCACUGCGCAGACUAUUCAUCUCGUAGCUUACGCGCUGGUCAGUACGUCGUCUCUUUGUCGUUCCUGGAGUGUGUCUGCUUUGAUAGGAUUGUAUUUAUUGUGUAUAGUAGCCUGAGCGUGCGGGAGAAUGUGUCCAUCACAGGUAUUAGUCCCAGGUUAUGAAAGCGUUCUCGGGAAUCA